AUGGCGCUCGCCGCGAAGGGCCAUCAUGUGCCCAAGAUCGCUUACUUCACCUUCGGAACGCAGGAUGCGCCUAACCGUGGAGCCGGGAGCUACUUGCACGCUGGCUUGUGGGGUUUGGCGCGAACCGCGCGACUGGAAGAUGCGUCUCUCAGCAUGUACUGCUUUGACCUGGAUGUGCUGGAUCCAGACGACCCAGAUGCUACGGCGCAGGUCAUCUUGGAACAGCUUGGCAGCGUUGGUGGAGUCGAGACCGAACUAGCUCUCAGUGGAGGUCCCUACGUGCCCCGGCUCUGCCGCUGCCCAGUGCAGCUGCAGAAGCCGAUGCGUCUGGAGAUGAAGUCGCGAGGGAGCCUGUCCAACCUUCGUGUGGUCCCCCUUCAGCGUGCGUCGCCGGACGCAGACCAAGUGGAGCUGCGCGUCCGUGCGGUUGGCCUCAACUUCCGGGACGUGCUGAACGUCAUGGAUUUGUAUCCCGGCGACCCGGGCAACCCAGGUGGUGAUUGUGCCGGUACUGUUUGUGCAGUCGGCUGCCUACAAGCUUUCGCUUGCACGGAGGGCUUGCUUAUGGUUCCGAAGCCGAAGCGAUGGUCCUUCGAGCAGAUGGUGGCAUGGCCAGUUACUUUCGCAACUGCUGAGGAAGCCUUCGUUGAGCUGGCGCCCUUGAAGCUUGGUGAGAGGGUGCUGAUCCAUGCAGCUACUGGAGGAGUGGGGCUUGUGGCUGUGCAGCUCGCACAGCGGAUGGGCGCGACGAUCUUCGCCACUGCCGGGAGCCCUGAGAAGGUGCAGUACCUGCGGGAUCGUGGCGUGAAGUACAUCACGAGCAGCCGCGAUGCCCAGCAAUUCGAGGAGGAUAUGAAGACCUUCCUGCAAAAGGACGGUGCUGAGGAUGGCGUGGAUGUAGUUCUGAACAGUCUGAGUCACGAAGGCUUCAUCCCCAAAUCCCUCGCCUUUCUUUCGAAGGGUGGGCGCUUCAUGGAGAUUGGCAAGAGAGGUGUCUGGAGCCACGAACGCAUGCGCCUUGAGCGGCCGGACGUUCAGUACGAGAAGAUCGCCAUGGACUGGGUGAUGGAGUACCAGCCCGAACGCUUCAAUCUGCUCCUGGCACGUCUCGUUGGCCAGGUCGAGGAGGGUCUGUGGGAGGAGGUGCCGCUGACUCUCCACGAAGGCCUUGGCUCCGGCGUUGAGGCGCUGCGGUACAUGCAGCGCGCGCAGCACAUCGGCAAGGUUGUGCUGACGCAGCCGUCGCGCAUGGGCUGCCACGCAGAUGGCACGUACUUUCUGAGUGGAGGCCUUGGUGCCCUAGGCUUGGUCACUUCUGAGAUGAUGGCGGAAGAAGGUGCCAAGUCUAUGGUGCUGCUCUCACGCCGGGGAGUCGUUAACCAUGACUUGAGAGAGGCGUGGAAGAGGCUAGAGAGCUUUGACAUUGAGAUCCUGAUCAAGGCCUGCGACGUGGCCCAGCACGAUGAGGUGGAGGGGCUGGUGACCAGCAUCACUCAACGCCAGCCGAGCUACAAUGUUCGAGGUUUGAUGCACCUGGCGGCUGUGCUCGAUGAUGCAACAUUGCCCAAGCUCACAGAGAAACACCUGGAGUCUGCCUACGCUGCAAAGGUCUGGGGCUCACGGCAUUUGCACGUGUCUCUCAAAUCCAGAGUGGCCUUGGACUUCAUGGUGCUCUUCUCGUCAACGUCCGCCCUCCUGGGGUCUCCUGGCCAGGCCUUUGCGUCUUGGGAGAUCAGAAGCUGUGCACUGUCCACGUGUCAGUCUGUCCACGCUUUUCUUGCCCGGCCAGGGCAAUUAUUCUGCAGCCAACGCUGCCUUGGAUGCUUAUGCGCGCCACUGGAAGGACUGCGUCUUGAGACCUAG